GCUGUGCGCCUGCGCAGUGCAGAGCGCGUUCCCGGGCGCGUCCCAGCUCGAGCGCCAGCGCCAGCUCCCGUCGGCGCGGCACCCAUGUUCCGCACCGUUCGCCGGAUUCUCUGACGGUCGUGAGCGCACGCGGCGGAUUCGUGUCGACUGCCCAGAGUCCGCGAAUUCAGUUCCGCCGGAACCGAGGAGAGCGCGUUCGACCCGACCAAGGACGCCACGUCCGGGCCGCGGCACCGACCGAGGCUGAGCGCAGAGUCCUGCCGGAGGACACCUGACCACUGCGAUGUCUCUGCAUCAGUUCCUCCUGGAGCCCAUCACUUGUCAUGCCUGGAACCGCGACAGGAGUCAAAUCGCCAUCAGCCCGAAUAAUCAUGAGGUCCAUAUCUACAAAAAGAAUGGAAACCAGUGGGUGAAAACCCACGAACUGAAGGAGCACAACGGACACAUCACGGGCAUCGACUGGGCGCCUAAGAGCGACCGCAUCGUGACGUGCGGAGCCGACCGCAACGCCUACGUGUGGAGCCAGAAGGACGGCGUCUGGAAGCCCACCUUGGUGAUCCUGAGGAUCAACCGUGCCGCCACCUUCGUGAAGUGGUCCCCUCUGGAGAACAAAUUUGCAGUGGGCAGUGGGGCUCGGCUCAUCUCCGUCUGUUAUUUUGAGUCCGAGAAUGACUGGUGGGUGAGCAAACACAUCAAGAAACCAAUCCGUUCGACUGUGCUGAGCUUAGACUGGCAUCCAAACAACGUCCUCCUGGCUGCUGGGUCCUGCGACUUCAAAUGCAGGGUAUUUUCAGCUUACAUCAAGGAAGUGGACGAGAAGCCAGCAGCCACUCCGUGGGGCUCCAAGAUGCCGUUUGGACAGGUCAUGGCAGAGUUUGGAGGGGCAGGUAGUGGUGGAUGGGUUCACAGCGUCUGCUUCUCUGCCAGCGGCAGCAGACUGGCCUGGGUCAGCCACGACAGCACCGUCACCUUGGUGGACGCCACCAAAGGGUCCACGCUUUCCCAGUUAAAGACAGAAUUUCUUCCGUUCCUGAGCGUCGUGUUCGUCUCGGAGAGCAGCAUUGUGGCAGCUGGUCACGACUGCUGUCCGAUGCUGUUCCACUGUGAUGACCAUGGGACGCUAACGUUUGUCUCGAAGUUGGACCUUCCGAAACAAAGCAUUCAGCGCAAUAUCUCCGCCAUGGAGCGCUUUCGCAAUAUGGACAAGAGAGCCACCACUGAGGACCGGAACACUACCCUGGAGACACUGCACCAGAACAGCAUCACCCAAGUGUCUAUAUUUGAAGGAGACAAAAGAGAUUGUCGUAAAUUCUGCACUACAGGUAUCGAUGGAGCGAUGACCAUUUGGGAUUUCAAGACUCUGGAGACCUCCAUCCAAGGGCUGCGGAUCAUGUAAAGGAGAUCAGUGAACUAGCACGGUGUGCAAAGGCCAGCAAGAGGGUUUCAAGCAACACUUUUCAGAUGUCUCAAAUGAAGAAGUAUUAAGCACUGAGAGGUAGCAAACUUACAUGUGUAAACAUCACUUUUUAUUUAUGAAAGGAAAACGAAGAUGAACCGGUGUUGGAAUGUUAGCUAUUUCUUUUGUUUGGGUUUUUUUUUUCUUUUCUUUUUUUUUUUUUCUUUUUUUAAACUUUAGCCAUGGUUUUUCUCAUUCUGGAACCCCAGCCACGCAAAAGUGGAUCAUGGGCACUGUUUGUCAGGAGCCCUUGUACAACAGUAACUUAAAAGGGGAGUUUUGUGUGUAAAUGGUCUGCUAGAAAUAAAUGAAGUACAUGUACACUACAA